UAAUUAUAUUAAAACAGGCGAUAGAAAAUUAUGAGAGUUACUUUGUAAAAGGAAACCUCAAAUUUUACAGUUGGCAAAGUAUAUUACAAUACAGCUCUGCUGAUAGGUUUAAAAUUAUCGAUUUAAUUUGUAAUACAAACAAUACAUAUUAUGGCAGUUCAACAAGAGGAACACAAUACUUACAAAAUAAAAACUUUAAAAUAUCAAAUAAUUGUGCUAUAUUAGAGUUUUUAACACAUCAAUUGAAUUUAUAUCAAAUACAAUUAUUUAAAAGCGCAGAAAAAAUAAACUUACCAUUACAAAUUAUGUUAGAAAAUAAAGAUAUAGAAGAACAAUAUUUUUCACAUGUAUGUGAAAAAAAAACAAAAUGUAAUAUAUAUAAUAACUCGACAUUUAAUAAAUUACAGUAUAAAUAUAAAACUCCAAACAUAAAACAUCAAUACAUAUUUGAAUCGACAAAAAAUGUAUUUAAAAUAAAAAGUAAUCCUUAUGAUGUAUUUGUAAACUAUGAGAAUUUUAUAAAUUUUUACAACGAGUAUGAUACUGAUCAGUUGUUGUUAAUUCACCUUUUAAAUUUUAUUGGAAUUAUAAAUGGUGAUACUAGCGCUUACGUCAGUUCGUUUUAUCUUCCUGGAUACUACACUGCAAUACAACUUGCAUAUAUAGAAAAUUUUGGAGUAGAAAAACUUUAUUCAAACUUAAUACACUGUGUUCAAACAUGUUAUGAUGGAAGCAAAAUAAAAAAGAAAGGGUUGCCUAAAACUAGCACACAAUCAAUAUCUAAAAAUAUUGAUUAUUCAAAAUGUGAAAUUUGCGAAGGAACAUUUUUUUAUAUAAACAGUAAAGGUAAGGGUCAGGGUAAUAUAUCUAUGUUACAAAAAUAUCAUACAUACACUACAAAUAUUCUAAAAAUCAAUACUGUAAACUCUUUAUUGAAUGACCUGAGCACCUUUGAAGACUACAAUAAUUUUUUGAUGCAUGAUGUCAACUGGUUUACAUUUUUAUUUUUAUUUAGAAUGGUGACAUAUCCAAAUAUAUACCUCUACAACAUACCUAACGCCAUGUAUUUAUUUACAAAACAAAUGGAAAAAAAAAAGAACACUCUGUAUGCAAACCAUUGGUACCCAUCUUUUUUAAAAAAAUACCGUAUCAAUAAAACCAAAGAAGAAAAAGCAGUCCACUUAGUAAAAUCUGUUCCUAACUUAUGUUCAUAUAUCCUAUAUUUAACCAUGAUCCACUUCAUUUAA